AUGCCUGAUAUGUUGAGCAGUAUGUAUGUUUCCUGCUGUCUCCACAUCCAAUUUUAACAAAUUUCAAGGCCCUAUUAUCCCGGCAGCAGGAAACGGGCUUCGCAUUAGUGAAAUUAUUGCAGAUAUCACACAAGGGGCUUAUCCUACAUAUGCUAGUUUCGGGGUCACUCAUCAACCUCGAACUUACAAAGUUCAAUUGAUAAAUGGUGUAUCAUGGAAUGUUCGAUAUCACAAGACUGAAGACAUAUGCGCAAAUGAAUUGUCUGGAAAGCGACGCUUUCCCGCUUCAUUUUAG